GGGGUAAUCCUCGUAUUGGAUCGACAGCCUCGGGUUGGCACCUCAGGUGUGAGAUAUAAAAAGGGAGCCUUUGCGACCUGGGGCGCAUCCGCUGUAUUCUAUACAGUCGAAGAACCGUCAAUUCGAGCGUUUGAAAUAAGAGCAACUCUCUCUCAUAUCACCAAGCUAGAAAGGCUGCAACAGCUGCGAGCAAGAUGGGCUUCCUCGGCGACAAGUACAAGGCGUUCCAGAAUUUCAAAAACGGGCGCAACCCUGACGGUUCUUCCAAGCUUUCAGAAGAGGAGAUCAAGAAAUAUACCGGCAUGGACAAGGUCGAAUUUGACAAGUGGUCGGCCAAUGCGCCAGGUGUCGCUGGCAACCAGAAUGCAGGGUCCCUGCUCGCUGGAGGGAAUUCCGGACUGUACAAUGGUGACUACAGCACUUAUGACAAUAACAAGACGCCACGGAAACUUUGGCCUGUGGGAGCCCAUCAGCUCUGA